AUGGGGACACAAUGCGGCGGUGCUGAGUGUGGUGGGCAGCGGGCUCGGCGGGUAGCAGGCUCAGCGCUGUUGCAGCCUCCCGGCAAGGAGGCUUGUGAAGCGAAGGCGCCAGUGGAGGGCAGCAAAGAGGGGGCGACGUGGUCAGAGCGAAGGGCCCCGAGCGUCCGCAGGCCGCCGAAGCGGGUGGUGCUGAGCAGGGAGCGGUUUGUUUCCCAGGGACCCGUGACCUUUGAGGACGUCGCUGUCUAUUUCACCAAGGAGGAGUGGAAGAAACUGGCAGGAUGGCAGCGGGAGCUGUACCGCCACGUAAUGCUGGAGAACUACGAACUG